AUGAUCAAGGAGCACAAGUGGCGGUACCUCGGCUCCUUACUCUCUAGGACCGAGCAGGCGAGUGGUAAAACCUUGAGCGACUACUUGCUAAGCAUACAACCACUUGAAGCGGCUGCCAAAGAGUAUUAUUCCGAGACUAUUCAACUAGAAACCGAAGCGUUCCUCGAAAUGAUGGUUCUUGAUGGUUGUUUUAUACUAGAAAUAUUUCGUAAGGUUAACAAACUACAACCGUUUCAGCAGGAUGACCCUAUCGCCACCAUGGCUUGGAUAUUACCAUCAUUCUGCAGGGACUUUCUUCGACUUGAGAAUCAAAUCCCAUUCUUUAUCCUAGAGAAGUUAUUUGAAAUAUCCAAAAUACCUGGCGAGGAGUCUGGUACGACCUUGUCCUGGCUCGCUUUGCGAUUCUUUAACAAAAUAAUGCACAGACCCAAAGACGUCAUUGAUAGCUGCAGCAAACUUGGAGGCAAGCAUUUGCUGGACUUGGUUCAUUCAAGCUAUACAUGCAACUUAAAAAUUCCACCACCACCAAGGGAAGGCAGACAAACCCCUAUUAUCCAUUGCAUCUCGAAACUUCGUCAUUCGGGGAUUAAGAUCAAUCAAGUUGAAGAGGAAAGUUUCUUAGCUGUGAAAUUAAAAAAUGGUGUGAUUGUGAUGCCAAUUCUCAACUUCGAUGAAUUCAUGAGGUCUUCUUGUUGA